AAUAGAAGUACAGAUUUUUAUUUUACUUCCUUGGCCAACCUGGAAGCAUGGCAGCUACAAAACAACAGUUAAUUUAAGGUUUUUUUUAAAUUCAUUUUAGUAAAGUAAGACCGAUUAGGAUUAGCCUCUUAGAAUUAGGCGAUAGAUUAACAAUGUAAAAUGCUAAUAGCAUAAGCUAACGAAUUAGCUAUUCUCUGGAAUAUUCAAACAUGAAUUAUUCUAAAAGAGUGUCCCUGGUGAGCUGAUUAUGGAAGCCUUAGACGAAUAUUUGGGCCCUCCUGUUGUCCUGGAGGAUGAAAGCGACUCCUCAGACUGCAGCUCCAGAAAAAGACACAAAUCAAAACUCCCACUGGCCAAAUCUAUGUGUGUAGAGGCACGCGUUGAAAGUGGCUUUCGCAAGACGUGCAGGAUUUGUCUUGAGCACGUCCGAGAAGCAAUGCUGCACCACAGAUGGCAGGAGGCUGCAGAGUACGUGGCCAGUUACACCCAGAUAUUAGAGGACAGAAAUAAAAUCAAGGCACAGCCACAUAAAGAGCUUGUUUGGAGAAUCAGCACCGAGAUCCUUCACCAUCUCCCCAACGCAACAGUGAAAGACUACAACAUCAUAUAUGAACGAAUGAAACACUCAGGAGUUAAACAUUAUCUGAUGAUUUGCCUGGAACAUUCUUUCCACCUGAUGCUCCACGGCGACAUCCAAGCUGCAAAGCGUCAGCUCUCCAUCGCUGAGAGCUGGAGGCACGGGAAAGAGUCGGUUUCUCAGCUUCCUCGCAUUAAACUGAUCCAGGCCUACAGGAGUUUGCUGGAUUACAUAAUGUGGUGUGACAAAAAGUCAACGCUCUCCAUAAACAACUCUUUUGAAUCAGACAACCAAGGAAUGCACACCUUCUUCAGACUUGCCGCUACGAAUCUUCAAGACAUUUUGAAAAAUCCAGGAGUUUGGGAUCCCUUCAUUCUUUGUUAUGUUGAGAUGCUGGAGUAUUAUGGAGACAACGAAGAGGCUCAGAAAGUCCUGAACGACUACGCGUACGACAACAGCUUUCCCCCAAAUCCCAACGCGCAUGUCUACUUGUACCAGUUCUUAAAGCGACACGAUGCUCCUGACAAAAAGCUGAUGAAAGUGUUGAAGCACCUGCAUCUGUUAGUGCCAAGCCAUGAACUGAUGUUGGCCUACAGCUGCCUCUUGCUUCAGUCAGAGAAACAAAGUCAUACCCAGAAGGCUUUAGGAGUCCUCCUUGAGAUGCUCGACUUCCAAUGCUGGAGGAGCAACCUGGACGUUUGGAAGUGUUUACAUGCCGUCAUUCACCAACUGCUGCAACAGGAAGAAUGGGCGACUUCAGUCCAGGGGCAGAUGGCUUUAAGGAACGACUGGUGGCCCGCUCUGCAUUUUACGAGCUUCCAUGCAAAGAAAGACUUGGAGGAGAACAGCGAGCUUUUCAAGGUGAAGGCAUCACUGGCAGAAAUCCUCUGUCCAGGUCGACCUUUGCGGUACACUGCUGAGACACAGAUGCUGACCAGUUAAAUGAUUUUGUGCAGCUACAGUAUGUCUUGUUCCCUGAAUUUUUUUAAAAUCUUGCAAUAAAUUGGAAUAUCCACUAUGUGGAGCUGUUGUUCUGUUUUUCUGUAUAAGAAUUUUAAAAUUUUGUUUCAACAGAGAGAAGCUCUAAAAGUGAGCGUUUACAUGAUCUUUUUUCCAGCUUUUAUGUUAAUGUGUGUCUGACUUAGAGUGAGGCUUUAAUGGCAAUACUUAACUCCCAUGUCACACAGAAACAGCAGUUUUUACCCUGUAAUAUUUAUUUUUUUUUAGCAACAUGAUAUACAUGUAGCUGCACAUGUGGCAGGUGGUUGAAGUUUUCUAAUAAACUAAUUAAUUGUCAUGACAAAUUGUCAGCAUGCCUACUUUAAAAUUCUCCGCAUUUUCUGUGCUAAACUCGAGAAAUAAAUACAUUACAAUUUCACCAA